CGGGAGUCGCACGUAGCCGGCAACUCGCCACCCUCUCCCCCUCCCCUCUUCGACUCCCCCUCGGUUGUGCAGUAUCAAAUGUAAUUGUGCGCGCGGAAAAAGGGGGAUAAAAAGCGCGAAAAGUGCGGGAUAAACAACAAGAGCUAAAAAUCGGUUCGAGGAGCAAACGGACCUGCGUCGUUUGGAUAUAGAUAAAGAAGAUAUACAAAGACAAGAUGACGACGACGAAGAUGCCCCGCUCGCUGCUCGCCGGCUUGCUCGUUUGCGUCUCCCUGGUGCUGCAUACAGCAGUGGCGCAGGUAUCGAAGCGCGAGCCCAACUACUACGGCAAGUACAUCGCCCGAUUCCCGGAGGGCAACCACGGUAUAACCGGCACCGUGUACGCGGUCGACGAGUCGACCUUCUUCAUCAAGAACUUCACCUUCGACGGCCAAGCACCGGCCGCUUACUUCUGGGUCGGCAACGAGGACGUGGUCGGGCCAUCGGGCACCCCCCUGCCCUACCCCGAGAGCAAGUCCAGGAAUCCCCAGCCGCUGGGACGGUACGUUAACGCGGACGUGAUACUACGGCUGCCGAGCAACAUGAAGAUCCGCGACAUCAAGUGGCUGAGCGUCUGGUGUCACAGGUUCACCGUGAACUUUGCCCACAUUUUCAUCCCGUCGAACCUGAGCUACCCAUCGAUACGAGUCCUGCCCGAAUUCAAGCGACUGGCCCACGGACUCCGCAGCGACAACAUCACGAUCCUCGACAGUAAAACCUUCUACAUACCCAAUUUGCACUACGACGGCGCAGGACCGGACGCGUACUUUUGGGUCGGCAGGGGCAACGAGCCCAACCAGUACGGCAUGAAGAUACCCAACGAAGUCAACAAAACGAGCCCCCUCAACGGCUACGAGGGCGUGGACAUCGAGGUGGUGUUGCCCGGCAACCUCACCGUCUACGACAUCGACUACCUGGCCGUGUGGUGCGUCCAAUACAAGCACAACUUUGGCCAUGUGCUCAUACCCAAGGACCUCGACGUCCCACCGGCUCUCGGACAAACCAAGAUCGCGCCGGCUUGGUGGUACGUCCCUACGAGCAGCACAGCCGCACCGGAUCUCGACAACUGCAUCGAACUGCUGGACGGCCGGGUGCAGGUGCAAUGGAAAAUGAUGGACGACGACGUCCAGAUCCGCGUGUCGGCGUACAUACGCGAGGACCAAUACGUCGCGUUUGGGAUAUCGGGGGUGGACGGCAGGGCCGAGAUGAUCGGCGCCGACGUGGUCGUCAUCGGCUACAACAAGGAGACCAAGAAAUUCAUAGCCGAGGAUUACUACAUGUCCGAGUACUCGCAGUGCAACGGCGUCAAGGGCGUCUGCCCUGACCACAGGAUAGGGGGGAAAAACGACGCGGUGCUCAUCACUGGCAAGAGGAACAACGGAGUUACGUCGGGUGAGCUUACACGCGCCGAUUUUUUUUUUUUCCCCUCUCCCUCCCAACAGAAAGGAAAGAGUCUAGCUACUCGGUACCACCCGUUCUACAUAACCGACAGCCCCGAGGGGGGCUUCAGCCAACUGACCGAGGAACAACAGCGCCACCAGCGCGUCUUCGCCGGGGUGGCCUACGACCGGAACAACUACCCGUACCCAACGGCCGUGGGCCGGUACUGCGAGUACGGCCACAAGAGGACGGACCAGAGCGCCAAGACCGAGACCUUCGAGGAGUUCUUCGCCACCCUGAAGCUCGACUGCGAGGAGGGCGAGCCGGGUAAACUCGUCUGGUACGUCGAGGAGGACACCCCCGACCUCGUCUACUACCAGUGUUACACGCACAGGAACCUGGGGUGGAAAAUCAACGUGGUGGAGCAGGGCCACGUGGCGAAAGCCGAGUCCGGAGGUGGCUCGGUCGCCGCCUCGAUCGCUCUCCUUUUUGUCCUUCUUGCCGUCGCGGCUCCCCUCAGAUGAACGACGGGCGGGCUGACUCAACCGCGAAUGAUACUUGCCGAGGCCGGACGUCGCAACGAAGAGUAAAUAAACAUAGAUACAUAUAGAAAAGGUCAAUAUUAUAUAGGUACAAUAUAU